AUGUAUAAUUUCAUAUUAGAAGGUCAUGUUAUAGCAACACUGAUAUCUAAUGGUCAUGUUAUAGCAACACUGAUAUCUAAUGGGCAUAUUAUAGCAACACUGAUAUCUAAUGGGCAUGUUAUAGCAAAACUGAUAUCUAAUGGUCAUGUUAUAGCCACACUGAUAUCUAAUGGGCAUGUUAUAGCAACACUGAUAUCUAAUGGGGCAUGUUAUAGCAACACUGAUAUCUAA